UUGCUUUCCCUUCUCCAAAACACAACCUCUCAAAUCCCUCUGAAAAAUCCUCUCAGAUUUUCUUUCCAUCCCAACAUCCCCCAAAAUCACCAUGGCCGCUACUUCACCACGUGAGGAAAAUGUCUACAAGGCGAAACUCGCCGAGCAAGCCGAGCGCUACGAGGAGAUGGUUAAGUUCAUGGAAACCGUCGUUUCCUCCGUCGUUGCUCCCGACGAACUCACCGUCGAGGAACGGAAUCUCCUCUCCGUUGCCUACAAGAACGUGAUCGGCGCCCGCCGUGCUUCCUGGAGGAUUGUUUCUUCCAUCGAGCAGAAAGAGGAAGGACGUGGCAACGCCGAUCACGUCUCCAUCAUUCGUGAGUACAGGGCCAAGAUCGAGGCUGAGUUGUCUGAGAUUUGUGCCGGAAUUUUGAAGCUUCUCGAAGAGAAGCUCGUUCCGGCUGCCGGGAACGGGGAUUCCAAGGUCUUUUAUCUGAAGAUGAAGGGAGAUUACCAUAGGUACUUGGCUGAGUUCAAGACUGGUGAUGACCGGAAAGCCGCUGCUGAGAAUACGCUCUCUGCGUAUAAAUCUGCUCAGGACAUUGCAGUUUCCGAGCUCGCUCCAACUCAUCCUAUUCGUUUGGGAUUAGCUCUGAACUUUUCUGUCUUCUACUAUGAGAUCUUGAAUUCUCCGGACCGCGCUUGCAGUCUUGCAAAACAGGCUUUUGACGAAGCCAUCUCGGAGCUUGAUACUCUCGGAGAGGAUUCAUACAAAGACAGCACUCUGAUAAUGCAACUUCUUCGUGAUAACCUUACUUUGUGGACCUCGGAUAUGCAGGAGGAUGGAACCGAUGAAAUCAAAGAAGCCUCCAAACCUGAGGAUGAGAAACAACAGUAAAAUCCCUAAUCUUCGAGUUAGUAUUUUACUUCUCUGGUUGUUUUUGUAUGGAGAAGUUGAUUGGUCCCACUAUCCCUUCAGUUUGCCUUAUAUUUUAAAAAAAAAAAACUUGAAAAUACUGCUAAAAGUUUCUUGGUAUUUCACUAUAUAUAUAUAUUUAGUUGAAGCUUUCUAAUUAUAGUGGGGCAUUGUGCACUAUUUUCCUAAUUGUUUACUUCACAAUAAUGGAACUGAUGAUUUGAGAUAUUUUUCUAAGCUUAAUGAUUUUGAUACUA